AGUGGUAGUAAAAAAGUGGUUCGAUGCCAAGGUAGUAUAUAACAAGUUUGAGCAAACUACAGUUUGGUUUGUUCUCGGUACAUGCUGAUUAGGUCAAGUGGCAUUUUAGGCGCAGAAGACCGUUUGUUCUUUAUUUUUUAGACGCCAUGGAUCUUGUUCUGCACCUCGCAGACGACUAUCUUCUCGACAAAGUAUGGGCGCGUCUACUUCCUCUCAAUGAUCAUCUAGGCCUCCCACCAUAUGCACACCUUUCCACUUCCGCAAACUUCACGUCGGUUCCGUAUUUUUCGCAGUCUGCUUGGCCUCGUGAUUACAUUCCUAGACAAAUUAUCUCUCUCAGCGUAAUCACCUUCAUUGGCAUUCACUGCCUCUAUUUCUUGUUCGCGUGGCUUUCAUACAGAUAUAUUUUCAACCAUGACAUGAUGCGCCAUCCACGCUUUCUAGAUAACCAGGUCAAGCAGGAGAUACAAUGCAGUCUACGAGCCUUCCCCAUGAUGAUCAUUCUUACCCUGCCUUGGUUCCAAGCAGAGGUCAUGGGUUACUCCAGACUCUACGACAGUGUAGAGGACUAUGGUUGGCUCUACCUUGGCCUAUCAGUACCCUUCUUCUUGUUUUUCACCGACUACGGAAUUUACUGGGUGCAUCGACUAUUGCAUCACCCUAGCAUAUAUAAAACUUUCCACAAGCCUCACCACAAGUGGAUAAUACCAACUCCCUUCGCCUCUCAUGCUUUCCACCCGGUGGAUGGGUACCUCCAAUCUGUCCCAUAUCACGUCUUCAUAUUCGUAUUUCCUCUUCAUCGAUGCUUAUAUCUCGGCCUCUUCGUUUUUGUCAAUUGUUGGAGCAUUCUAAUUCACGACUCCGAUAUGGUUACCGGACACGCCCUCGAAAAGGUGAUAAACGGACCCGCCCAUCACACACUUCAUCAUCUCUAUUUUACGGUGAACUAUGGUCAGUACUUUACGUGGGCAGAUCGUGUCGGUGGUUCGUACCGUCAGCCCGAGUCGUCCCUUGAUCCUAUGCUCGAGAUCAAAAAGCAGUCAUGAAGACGAUGAUCGCGGCCAACCUAUUUUAUGAUCCAAAUAUAGACUGUCACGCAUCCCUUGCCUGCUGCAUAUGGAUCAUCUACUCGCUGAAGCUAAUGCGUUUCAUAUAACCUGUCGUCUUUGCAUUACAUACAUACUUGCCUUUUCGUUGAAACCACUUGGACUAUCAAUGGAAUAUUUUGUAAAGAGUUAUUUUGCCCGAUCCUCAACUUCAGAGCUUUAUUAACUUCCAUGAAUUCAUGGGCCAAGUCCACUUCCUCCAUCUUAAAG